UUGAUUAGCUAACUUUAGCAUAACUAGCUAGCUACUUCUGUACAAAUUAUGAACUCACCACUCGAAAAUCACAGAGAAUUCAGUUUAAAAACAUGCCUCUCUCAAUAUAAUGUUAGAGGUUCCGCAACCCUAACCAGAAGUUUUACUUUUGGUUCUCUUUUCUUGACAGUGUUGAAAUAUGUAUCGCCUUAUUUGACCGACUCUGUAAAUGUCAGUCAAAAAAUAGGAUGGUGAAGGGACAGAUACAGUUUUAAAACACUGUAUAGACUCAGUAUAACCUUUACCAACUGACACCAUUGAGAAGGAUGAACUGAAAAGUACUGAUGUUAUGGAGAAUAUUUAUGCUAAUAUUAGUGCUGAAACCGUAAUGGUUCUUCAUGACCCCAACAUUGAGACCCAGGAUGUCACCUCCAGUGGUAUGGCAGGAAGGCAACAAUUUGCAAAGAGUAACCACCUCAAAGUUGCUGUAGUGUGUCUGGGGCUGCUGUGCGUUCUUUUACUGACUGGGAUCAUAGGCCUUUGUGUCCACUACAACGGAGUGGCAGGUGACUUUGAGGAGGAGCAGACUAAGCUAUUGACAGAGACAGACCAGCUAAAGGGGGAGAUAGAUAACCUUCAAAAUAAAUUAUUGUUUAUGGAGCAUCAUUUUAAAAUGGGAUGGUGUCACUUUGGAUCCAGUUUUUACCUCUUCUCCACUGUGGGGAAGACUUGGGAGCAGAGCAAACAUGACUGUGUAAGGAGAGGAGCAGACCUGGUGAUCAUAGACAGCAGAGAGGAACAGAAUUUUAUCAUUGGAUUCAAUGGGAUGUUCUGGAUUGGUCUGUCUGACAGAGAGACAGAGGGGUCAUGGAAAUGGGUGGAUGGAACACCACUGACCAUACAGUACUGGAAGAGUGGAGAGCCUAACAGUUACGGCGGUGAAGAGGACUGUGCUGAGAGAAGCUUAAUUUAUUCUAACACAGAGCAGAGCUGGAAUGAUGCACAAUGUGGUCAACUGAAGUUAGGGAUUUGUGAGAAAGUGGCUUAUCCGUAACUCAAACUGCAUAUAUAACUGCAUUCUUUUCUUUUCAUUUUUUCAUGAACUAUCAAGUAAUAUACUGUAUAUGCUUUUAUUUACAACUCCUGCUUGGACUAUUGCAUAAAAUUAUUAGAUUAUCAUUUCAAUUAUAAUUUCAAUUAAUUAUAUUUCCCCGUUGUUUAAAUAAAUAAAUAUAUAUAUCAAUGCCUAAUUAGCUUAGUACAACUGCUAUUACCCUAUAAUAACCCCAAAAUAUGUUAUUUUAUGUUGUUUUGAGUCUUUUGAGUCUUUUUAUAUCUUAUACCAAAAGUAUGGAUGUAUGACUCCUCCACUUGU